AUGGACGUCUUGCUCAACAGCUCUGGAGACCUUCCAGCUGCAAAGCACUUUGCUAUCAAUCCUCCCAGCACAAUAAAGACCCGCGCCCACACAAGUCGAAACCACUUUGUCCGCGCCACAGCAAAGCGUCAGUCCCAAUACAAAGGCGCCAACCUGUGCCGCGAGACCGGGUUUCCCUGCACGACUUCAAAUUUCGGAGAGACGCACUGUCUGCGCUGUGGACAACAGGAUACAAACGGAGGCGCGCGCCGUCCCCAGCUCGAAAAGAUCCUGCACUACGAGAUCUCGACGGGGAACUUGCAGCGGGCGAAUCCACGAUGGACACACGUCCAUCGGAACCGCAUGGCCCGGAAACAUGACCACUCCAGUCUGGGUGGUUCUUCCGAUGAGGUCGAGGGGCGAGAUCUAGCGAACAGCAGGAUCUCUCUGCCCGUUGACCGAUUCCGACUCGUGAGGAGGCCUACGCUUGAGAGGGAGGAGGCAUUCCGCGAUGCUUCGACUGCGAGGGGGAAUGUGUACCUUGGACGAAAGAUGCCCAUGACGGAGGAUGAUGAAGUCGCAGAGCUGUAUCGCAUGGGCCUGCUGUACGACGACGAGCAGGUUAGGGGCGAGGGCUUCAGCCUUGACAGUAUCAAGCACGAAGAACCCAUCUACUCCAUCCGCCCAGCCAAGCAAUCCCGCAAGAAGCGCGCCCAGAGCUUCAGCUUCAACCAGCCCCUGCAUCUCGAUCUCUCCUUCACAGACCUCGGCGGCUCCCAAGCCCUCGCGCAAAUCCUCUCCUCCUCCGACGACACAGCCCCCUCUGCCACACCAUCACGUAGUUUCGCUCCUCUGCGCGUGAUAUACGAACUCGACGGUUCAAACCCCUCCUUCGACGUUGAUACAUCACAACCCCCCGAUUUGAUCUCAGACUAUGAUUGUGUUUCAGACAGUGAACUCGAUGAUUUACCCUCUCAGCGGGAAUUUCUAGAUAGUGCAGCUACGCCUGGUUCAGAGACGUGGGUGGUGCUAGGUGACGACUCGUAG